UCGUAGAGUGUCCUUCGCCGAGGAUGGUUCACGCGCGCGCGUUCUUUUCUUCUCUCUGCUGUGUAUCACCAAAAUAGUAUCAAACUGCUGCUGGCUGCGACGGCGGUGAGUUGUCCGGAAUAACAUCACCACACGAGAGGACACUUCGGAAUAACUACGGUGCGAAUAAGGGUGGUCGGGUGUGUGCGUGGUGCGUGUGUUCGCACACAUACAAGCGCCCGGUCGUCGGAGAAUUCCGAGACAAGUGGGAGAGUUCCAGCAGACCGGAUCAGACGUGAAGACCUGCAGUCGUCGUCGGUCACGGUCGCGGAGGCCGAAAUUUUCCUACUGUCCACACUGUGUCUCCUGUGUAUUCUGUGUCUGUCCUUGGAAUUUUCCUGGCAUCCUGGCCAUCUUCCUCUCGCGGGACCGACUUCCGGCUUUGUAGUGUGUCCCGUCGCUGUCGCUUUUGCUCCUACUAGAAACCUCCACUCUCUCUCUGUGUAGUGACCUCUGUCGGUAGUUUUGUGUGUCCGGCAGGAUUUCCGGUGCCAGUGUUCCGUCCCCCGAGUGUCCACGAGGAGUUCCGGUGCAAAAUUCGACCUUAAAAGUGUGCUAAAGUGCUCAUUUUGACCACCUAGACGAAACAAGUGCUUAUGCAUCGCUAGCGUAACAAUUCGCGAAAAGAAGAUAUAAAAGGAAGGCUUGAUUGAGCGUUCAAGUGAAAACAACAAAACCAGUCGACUUAAAGUCGAUCAAAAGGAAGAAAAAACCAACCAAAAAUCGAAUCCUUAAAGAAGUGAGAGUGUGUCGGAAGACGGAAAAGUAUUUCCAAUUUUCCUCGCUUUCUCUCUGUGUGUGCGAGUCGGGUUUGCUUUAUCUCGGAAAAUUCCUCCAAAGUCGACCAAGUCGAUAUCGUGCGUGAGUUCGCGUGUGAGUGUGGUGCGGUGUUUUUUGUAUUGUGGAAAUUCGGAAAAUUCGCGAAGAUAAGGAAGAUAGUCGUUUCUUGCAAACGGUGCGUUUGAGCUUCCGGCAAAGGAAGAAAAGUUAAGAAAGGAAGUCAAUUUUCGGCUGAUAAAGUUCAAGUAGACAGUUUCGGGUGAGGAUAUAAACCCCGGAGGAGAUAAAAAAAAGGAGUAACGGCGCACCAAGUCGCGGGUUGAAGUGCCAAGUGACGUCGUCCCUUAAGCAGCAGCCUCCCCCAGAGGAAGGAGGAAAGGGGUCGGGGUGAUAAAAACCGUAAAAGGCUCCCCGACAUCAACGGCAACAACAAUUACUCAACACUGUGAAUUCCGCGCCACACUACUCCGAGUGGGAGAGGGGCCGCAAAAACGGGGGUCGGCCAUAAAUUAAGGGACUAUGACCCCCUCCGGGUGCGCCACGUUCCGACGACGGUGGAGAGGAUAUAAAGCAAAUAAAUAAUCAUCAUUAUUAUCAUAAAAUAUAAAAGCACACAGUUUUACACGAAAGCCGGCGUGAGGGGAAGUGGAAAAUUUGUACUUAAAAGUGCCAACAGUUAAGGUGAGGGCGGCUCCCACUCAUUAAGUCAUCAAAAACUAGUGAAUAAUUUAGUCCGUGUGUUAAGAGAGCGCAAAAGGGGAAAUGAAGUGAUAAAAAUUAAACAGCAUUUAAUGAAAAGUUGAGAGUAGAAAGAGCUGUGCUGUGGAAAGUUUCACACUUCAUCUGCUGAAGCUUUCGUGCUGCUGCUGCGAGUACCUACCUUAAUAGUGCACCCUAUUCUGUCCUUUUAAGAGCUACACGAAGCGAGAGUCCUUCUCGAAAGUCCUUCCAUUUUCUGGCAACCAACGUACGAACGAUUGUGGGUGUGUGUAUGUGGAAAUUGGAGAACCUCCCACACCCCCUUAACUAAACACAACACAUCACACAUCAUCCCUCCUCGCAGCAAUUCUGGCCACACUGUCCCUCCCUCCUUCUCUGAGCAAGAAAAACUACUAUAACUAUGCGAUUAAAGUGUUGAUUCUUUCUCGACUAUAAAACUCACUCUCUCGCUCUCGUCGUAAUCUCCUUCUACGUUUAACGGCUGCUCAAACUUUCACCCACAACAACUCUUACGGUUACGGGCAAAGUGUGUUUGUGUGUCGGUGUGUGGCAAAGUGAUCAAUUAGUAAUAUCAGUGUGCAGAGUUGCCAACCCCUGGAGCCCUAACUUGGAUGGAUUACACACGACGGAGCUGAAUCUCCCACCCUUUGGUGUGAUUGCUGAACGACAGAGACAACACUGAUGACGUCAUGAUACCGAACGUCGAUCAGCGCAUUUGGAUUAUAUUUUGUUGGUACCUCGUUCUGCAAUGUUUCUUCGCCGGUUACGACGUCGUCCCGACGUCAUCGGCGGCCGCUUCCUCGCCAAAUCACGAGGCGGCCGCCCUGGACCAGAGCCUCCGGCUGCUAGAUGACGCUGAGCUGGAGAUGCUCGGCAUCCGACGCCCUCCCGGAAGGAGCGGCUCAACAUACCAUGAAACCGUCACCACCACUACCACUUCGUCCCCAUCGUCGUCCCCCUCGUUGUCCCUAUUCGCCCCAAGUAGAGGUAGCGCUAGGAUAAACAAUAAUCGUAAGAUAAAUUUAGUGUCUUAUACAGCGAAUCUAGAUAAUAUUUUAAAUAGUCUCGAAGACGAGGAUGAGGAGGAAGACCGGGAAGAUCUGGAAGAUGAUCUGGACGACCUGGAGGAGGUCGUCGACCGGAUCCCGGUCAGUGGUGCCAAACUGUACGAGCGAAACCACGAAGCGGCCAACGCGGUUCAACACCGACUAUUAGUUAAUCAAAUUGUCCAAAAGUACUACCCCUCGAGGAACCACCGGCGCCAUCGGAGGUCGUCCGCCCUGCGACGAUCGGCGCGGAGUUCCGACUUAGCGCAGGCUUCUUCUUCUUCUCCUUCGUCAACGCCAAAGCCACCGACGGAAUCUAUUGUACAGCAACCUUCUUCUUCUUCCUCUCACCAAAACAACCAACACCACCAAAGUAGUAGCGUUAAUUAUAGAACAAGUGACGAACACGAACAACAACAAGACUCCGACAACUCCGACGACAAGCCGGAAACGGAGGGCGACGGGAAGAAGAUGGCUGUGAAAAAUGCGAUUAGGAGUAAUAAUAGUGAGCAUAAUUUUGUAAGAAACGCGACGCUGGCUAAUGCGCAACAUUCAUCAUCCGACAAGAGUCGACAAGGGGAUGAGGAGGCCACAGAUGUUGUGCCGGAAGUGGGCCAAGACCAACGGGAAGCCACGACCGCGACGGAGACUAAUACAUCAACCAUGGGAGCAGUCACGGUGACGCAGGCGGUGAAGGUCGCAGAGGCUGCAGCGACGGAACUGACAAAACCAGAGACCACCAACACCCAUCAACAAAGCAAGUCCAGUGCAAACAAGCUCGCCCAGUCACAUCCGUUCGAAGAAAGGCGCGCUCAAGAAUGUUUCCUCCUUGCCCUCAUUUUCGAACCUCUUAAACAACUCAUUCCAGAUCCGCCCAAAGAGCCGUACCUGCUGAUCGACCAGCGGCGCCUCGACGCCGGAAACAUGUUCAUCCCGGUGAAGGAAAACUCCGAGCUGACGCUGGCCUGCGUCAGCGAGGGCGGAAAUCCGAAGCCGGUGCUGAGCUGGGAAGUGCUGCUCAGUCCCGGCAUCGACCGGCACGCGCAAAAAGUGUCCAACGACGUGCUCGAGCUGCAGGAGAUCAAGCGGGAGAAGGAUAAGGAACCGUCGUACAAAAUCAACACCGGUGCCAUCUCGGAGGCGAAACUUCCGGCCGUGUUCCGCGUGCAUCACAACGCGCGCAUCCUCUGCGUCAUGGAGCAUCCGACGCUCAAAAUGCGCCAAAACGCCUCGAUCCUGCUCGACGUGCAGUACACUCCGUCGUUUGCCAUCACGAGGACGCCCGGCUUUGGCUACCCGCUGCGGGAGGGCAUCGAAGUUUCGCUCAAGUGUGACGUCGACUCGAAUCCGCCGUCGCCGCCGCUCUGGCAAAAGGACGACGGCGACACGCCGGUUCCGCAGACCGGCGACGGAUUCCUCAACUUUAGCUCGAUCCGCCGGGAGCAUUCCGGCUGGUACAAAUGCACCUCGCGCCACCUUAACUUCCAGUACUCCAGCAUUGGCUACUACCUGAGCGUGAGAUACGACUCCGUCGACGUCACGUCGGAACCAGUCGAGCAGGACUUGCCACUGUCCUCGUCAUCGUCGUCCUCGUCCGCGUCCUCGUCGGCGACUUCCGCUGCAGCUGGCGGUGGUGGCGGCGGCGGCGGCGGCAUUGGUGGCCUCCCAAAUGGUGCCAACAAUUUCAAAGGUGGCCAAAUGGAGGUGGAACUCGGUGGCUCCGUCACGCUCCAGUGUCCGCAGGGUUCCCUCGGCUGCUGGUCCCAUUUGGAUCCGAUAACGGCCCGGCUCAAGGGGCUCGGCGUCGGCAUCUCCACCCCGACCGGCCAGUUCUCGCUGAAGGACGUCGUCUACCAGGACGCCGGCACGUACAAAUGUGUCGGCCAGAGUGCGGCCAAUCGCAAAAAGCUCGAAGUGCUGCAAACGGUCUCGAUUGCCGUUAAAGGCGCACCGACGGUGAUUGCUCGGAACACAACGCCGGUGGCCUUUCCGGGCUCGCCGCUGCAUCUGGCCGUCGAGUUUUGCGCCAAUCCGCCGGCGUACGCGGCCCGCUGGCUCCACGGCGAUCUCGUGUACACCCCGGGCAAAAAGUACGGCGACGAUGUGCUGGCCUACGGAUUCAUUGACCUCCCGACGCCGUUCUGCAAGGAGGCACGUCUGACGUACGUGCACAUGCACGAGAAGGUCCCGCGGACGUUCUACUUUAUCGUUUCGUCGCCAGGUGGCGUCGCGGAAGCGAUCUUCAACGUGAACUUUACGCUCAAGCACAAAGCGUCCUCCUCCUCCUCCUCGUCGGGUCCAGGGUCGUCCUCAUCAUCCGGGGGAGGAGGCGGUGGUUCCGGAACGUUCGGAUCGGUUGGCCCCUUUGGCUCGUCGCUGUCCUCGGCCGGUGGAAGCCUCAGCAGUGGUGGUUCCGGCUACAAAAUCAACACCAACACCAUCAACAACCUGCCACCGAACGGGAACGGGCUCGGGGAUGGGGGCGAUGGGGACGAGGAGCUGAUGGAACCGGAAGAGAUUCAUUUUCCCAUCUUUGGGUCGGGCGCUGCUGCGAGUUGGCGCCACUUUACCGCUACUACUGCUAUCACUACUGCUGCAACUAUUGCUACCACAACUACCACUACUAUUGCUACUACUCUUUAUCGUUGUUACUCCGUACUCCUACUAGCAUUGUUGACGUGUUUUAGAUAUGUUUUAUAUUAAAAAGAAAAGGUAUUAAUUAACAAGUAAUUAGCAAUUAAGUGGGUACGAAUGUGAAUGUGGGAAAAUGGAAUGAACUGGGUUUAGUUGAACGAGUAAAAUGUGAGAUAAAAGAUAAUGUGAGAGUCGUGUGUGAUUGUUCUUAGAUGUGAGUGACAUCCCUAACUACUUGAAAAGUACUAAACUUAUCCCUCCCUUCUUGCCGCCUGAGUGGGAAUCUUGCGGGUAUGUUCUGAUGUGUCAAAGAGAAGCAGAAGGGCAAAGCAUUUGGAGAGGAACAACAUCACAGAAACACAUUUUUGAUA